AUAUUAGAUUAAAUGUUCUUGGAUCACGGGUUUCUUCUUGCUAACAUUUUCACAGAGACUUUCUGAGGCCUUGAGGUCUUGCUGUGUGUAGAUUUGACCAAAAGGCUGUUAUCCCCCAUGCUUCCAGCUGUAAUGUGUAGUUGAUUCCCCCCUCAGCGUUGGAGUUGAUGUUGUGAAAGCCUCCAUUCCAGCGCUGAGAGAGAGAGAGAGAGCCUCCGCCACCAUUUCAACAGAUAAACACUUAUCUCCUCCAAGCAGAUGGAUUUCCUCGUCAUGUGCGCUGGAACCGUGCACUGUUAUUGGUGCAUUCCUCGCACUAACUGUGCUCUGUACAAGGUGUGCGAUAACUGUAAUUUCAUCAGUUCCAAAGAAAGACAGGGGUCAGGAGAAACAUCUGAACUGCUCUCGAGGCCAAAUGUUACAUUUGUACCAGAAGAGGGCCGUUUUUAAGGAUGACUGAAAUCCCAAGAGGAUGCUGCCCUUCAGUUUGAGCUUAGCCGUCUACCUCCUGACCUCAUCGAGUGCACAGAGCGUCGGAACGGCCUGUGUGUGUUCGGCGCUCGCGCCUGCCGGGCUGCGCGCGGACUGCAGCUCUUUAACCCUCAUGGAGCUGCCUCGUCUGCCUCCGGAUACCACGGAGCUGCACGUGCAGGACAACCGGCUCACCUCAGUCUCUCCAGGCCUGUUUGAUAGAUUAGUUUUCCUGAAAAACGUGUCCCUGUCUGGAAACCCCUUUCACUGCAAUUGCAGGAUCCAAUAUCUGAGGAACUGGCUGCUGAAGAACAGGGCCGUCGUUACGGGGGAGCCCGUUUGCUCCAGUCCCAGCUCCGUGGCAGGGAAAGCCAUCACUGAACUCACUGAUGAAUACUUCUCCUCAUGCGCCUCAGCGAGCUGUGGUUACGCAAGGCCCAAUGUCAUGAUAGGGGUGACGGUCUGCUGCAUCAUCCUGUUACUGCUGUGGAGCUUAAAACUGGCAAGAAAGUCCACUUUCAUCUUCUUCAUAGACGAGAGGCAUUUAGGACUGGAGUCGGCCUCGUUGCGUUCGCUGAAGCCGAAACACAGGAAGAGGCUGCACACUGGACUGUCGGGGGUCACUGGAGAUUCAGAGUCUUUCACUUUCUCGGAGGACAUGGAAAGGCCACUGAUCAACAUGGAGUUACUGCCACAAGUACUGGAUGUGUUGCAUAAGAAGCACAAUAUAAAGAUAAAGGCCACCUGAUGGACCUCGCUGUGCCGGCAGCGCUGCUACAAGAAACAAGGCAGGGGAACUGAUGUCCGUGUUGUUGUGGUUUGUCCCACUUUUUAAUAAAAUAGCAUUUCAUUUUAAACUGCAACAGCUGUGUUUCCUUGAUGUAAUAUUUGUACAGCGUCAUGACAUUUGACAGUUCAUUUGAAAAUGCAUCUGAAAGUACUUUCUGUGAUCAGUUAUCUACGAUCAUGUGACCUCCUGCUGAUCCUUGAAUUGUUUGCUGUUUACAAAUACCACAUUUACAGAGAUUUACUUUUACCUCUAAAUAUGCUGGAAUUGAUAGAGAUAUUUAUGAGUUUAUUUAUGGUUGACAGACCUGGAAAUAUUUGGGCGCUGACACGAUGAGUUAGAUUAGCAGUUUACCAGAACAUUAGGUUGACCACAUGGAGGUUCUAUCAUGUUACAGGGUCCAUUUUAGGCUAUAUUCACAUCUAAAAUGAUAGAGAACUUAUUAGACAUAUAAUUAUUUUGCAGGGACUACAUUUUAAGUGGGAAAUUGACAAUGUCUACAAGUAGAAUGUUAAUAUGAUGAUAUGUUGUUGGAACUCCUGCGGGGAUCAAGUGUCAGAAAUGAUCCAGCUUGGACGACUAAAGAGUGACGCUGUUUCUCGGUGAAGCUUGGCCAGGCCUUUGCUGCAGCUGUUCUGUCUGUUUACUUGUGGGUUUGCCUGCCUUUGACUUUCUCUCUUCAUCAAGUGCAGUGCAGCUAGAUCAGGUCAACAUGAGAUGAUCAGCUGCUUGUGGAGCCCCAUCUGCUCAACCAUUGGCAGAAUCUGAUCUUUACGCACUUCUGAACCAUCUGCUUCUGUCUUCUGUAACAUCAGUGAUCACCAAGUCUUGCUGGUACUAGGAUCUCAAUUUCACCCAAACAAUGUUGUUCCAGAUCUGGUCUGUUAGAGGAUCCUUUCUGUCCUUUCUGUUCCUAAAGCUCUUGAAUGGUUUGACCCAUGUAGUGAAUCUUGUGUAUUUGGUCGGGGGACAUCGUCUCCUUCUAGGAAACUUAUACAAUGAUGUGAUUACUAAGUGCUGUAGGAGAUGGAACACACUUCUGUCUCCUCUGAUUGCCCAACAUGUGUAAUAGUAGUGCUUGUUUUUCCUUCUGGGGUGGCCAAGACACGACGUGCCCUUUAGAGAAGGACGGGUCAUUAAAGAAAGACAGUCGCAGGGAGAGUAAAGAAGAAGCUCUACUCGAGUCAUUCAAAGCUUACUUACUGGUUUGGGUCAAAUAACACGAGUAAAUGUGACCUGUCAAAUACUCUAUUACUGAAAUGAACUGGAAAGAAUUAUUGAAACACACAAAAAAAAGAAUGGGUUUACAUAAUAACCUUAUGAUGCUACAACUAAUCUGGUGUUCCAAACAUCCUUGUGAGUGGUUGUUUAAGUCAUCAUCUACAGUCUGUGGGCUGCUGACAGCAAACGCUAGAUUCAAAACUCUACAAACUCCUUGAAGUCAAACAGCCAAAAGUUAAUUACUUUUUUUUU